AUGUCCAAUGACGCAUACGGAAUGGUAAUCGAUUCUCUGCCGUUUAUCGAUGGAGUAGAUGAUCACUACAAAGCACAGAUAGAGCGCGAAAUAGAAAGAGAGCUUUUAACUUUCACACUUGAUCGUCUGCACAAAGAUAUCGAUAGCCUGAUCGGUGACACGCAGCCACUUCGUUUUGACCAAUCCCUUUACGAACUAUAUUGUGAGAAGGCAGCAAAAUACUCCAAUAUAUCCAUCACAACCGAGCAGCCACCGUCCCUAAAGCGAAGUUUAGAAGAUGUGGUAGAGCAGCGCAAGAGAGUUUGUCCUGGUAUAGACAUAGCUCGGUACGAUGAGCAUCUCGCAGAAAGUGUAGAGCAUCUUAGCACGAUAGCAGGCUAUCUGAGGCACCAGGAACUCGUGUUAGAGCGACUUUUGCCCAAAACGGUUGAAAAACAAUGGAUGAUAAAUAACGAUUACAUGCAACACGCACAAGAGGCUCUCAAAAACGUAGUGGUCGCUGAAAAAGCUAAGCUCAAAGACCUCGACCAGUACCGUAAGUCAUUACAGCAGCAGGAACAACUAUCAUUUGCAUAUCUAGAACAACAGUGGGAAGAUGCACUCGUGCGUAACCUGGAGACUGACAUUUGA